CGGCUGUUGGGUGCAGACGUGUCAUUAGUAGCGCUCGCCAGUUCCACCCCUAGUGGCUGUGUGAGGAGGGUGUUGUCCCCCGGGUGGGCGUGGGACGCCUGUUGAGGAGACAUGGGGUGUCUUACCGGCCUCCAUUGAAGAGGACCUCGUCGGCUGGUCUGGCUUUUACGGUGCCAGUGGACCACUUGUUGGUUGGUGUUGCCCUGGUGGAUGUUCUCCAUGUGCAGUUGUCGGAAUUGGUGGGCGUCUAGCUGCUGCAGGGGAACCGCGCCGGGGUCACGUUUCGCCAUCAGGCUGCAUUUCAGGCGUUUCUGGGGCGGUGUGAGGGGCGUGUUUACCCUCUCCCUGAUGCCGCCGGUUCUGUUAAGUUUCAGACGUGGCUGAUCGUGUGGGAAGCCUGGCGAAGAGAGCUGGUAUGGAGGAGGCGGUGACCUGCGCCGUGUGUUCCCAGGUGUACCAGAAGGGGCCCCGUGAGCCUCUGGUGCUGCCCUGCGGCCACACCUUCUGCCGCAGCUGCCUCUUCAACCUCUACGACGACUACGGGUUAGUCUGCCCCACCUGCCGCAGAGACUUCAGCCACCUGGAGGUGGACAACCUACCUCUCUGCUUCUCGCUGCUCGGGUUAUCUGCCACCUACGUGGAAAGUCGGGAAAUUCAGUGUGAUGAUACGUGCAGCAAGCAUGAGGAUGAGCUGAAGUAUUUGUCUCAGUGUGAUGAUACGUGCAGCAAGCAUGGGGAUGAGCAGAAGUAUUGGUGUCGGGAGUGUAAGGUGGCCCUGUGUAGCCUAUGUCUCUACUCCGAGCACGAGAACGGCCACCACGUCCACCUGGCCAAGGCCUACAUCCAGGAGAGGAAGUCUCAACUCAAGGACCACAUCAAACUUAUAAUAGAUAAGAAUGUUGCCGAAAAGAAAGAGGAAAUAAAAAAUGUUUUCUACAGCACCUCUCGGAAUAUUAUCACGCUGUGCCAAAAGAGUACUUUUGUGCAUGAUUUUGAGGAGGAUAUGAAGCUUCUUUCAUCGGAAAUUGAAAAAGUUUGCAGUAUCGACUCCCUCUUUGUUUCUGAAGCAAAGGUAAAACAUAUUGAUAUGAAUAAGUUAAACUUUUGUUAUCUAGAAAUGACUCUACAGAAACCGAAGUCACCAGAGAAUGUGCAGCUGUAGGCAAGGCUAAGGCUGUCACAGCAGAAGGCAAGACCAAGGCUGCUGAAGCAGAAGGCAAGGUCAAGGCUGCCACAGCGGCAGAAGGCAAGGUCAAGGCUGCCACAGCGGCAGAAGGCAAGGUCAAGGCUGCCACAGCGGCAGAAGGCAAGGUCAAGGCUGCCACAGCGGCAGAAGGCAAGGUCAAGGCUGCCAGAGCGGCAGAAGGGAAGAGCGAGGCUGCCAGAGCGGCAGAAGGGAAGAGCGAGGCUGCCAGAGCGGCAGAAGGGAAGAGCGAGGCUGCCAGAGCGGCAGAAGGGAAGAGCGAGGCUGCCACAGCGGCAGAAGGGAAGAGCGAGGCUGCCACAGCGGCAGAGGGAAGAGCGAGGCUGCCACAGCGGCAGAAGGGAAGAGCGAGGCUGCCACAGCGGCAGAAGGGAAGACAGGCUGCUGAAGCCGCCACACAGCAACAACAACAGCAGGCACCACCUGCCGACAGUCAGUGUGUCAAACUGGACUGUCGAGAUGGUAGACUCCUACUUCACUCACUCGCCCAGCGUGUUGACACCCACCUCUUCUUGCAGUUGCCAUCUGAGGUGUUCUUGGAGCUGGGUGUUGGUGACAGGAGUCUGGGUCGAGUCUAUAUCCGUGUACAGCCUCACCUGCGUCACUCACAGCAGUUCCUGCUACUCUGCCUCGGCACUCUGGGGCCUUCCCUUGUCGGGUCCGCCAUAAAUAGUGUGAACCAUAUAGGUCAAGACCCAGAAAAUAUUUUGGUUAAUUCUUAUAUUGACAAAAUGCAGAUAGGUAACACUAACGUAUUGGCUUCCCUGGAGACCAGCUGCGAUAUGGAUAGAUCAACAACGGAAGGAACAGUGACUUCAGCGAAUAUAGGAUCCAAUCAAUUUGGAUUUAUGAUCUGGACCAAAGGUCACCCAUUCAACAGUUGUCCUUACGUCAAUGUUACUUACAACAGCCACUAUUACAGAUAUGUUGCCCAAAAUAAUUCUUCCUGCAACAAUCAUUUCCAUUUUGGCGAGGUAACAUCAGGGUUGGAAGUAGUCCAGGCUGUCAUUGGUCAUAACCCCAUCACUGAGGUUAAAAUCACAGGGUGCGGCCUCUCCAUACCUGACCUUUGACUGAAAACUCAUCAGGCUACGUUAGCCUAUUCUCUCAAAUUGCCACAACGUACAAAAUUCACCCAGGAAUCCAAGUCACCCACCUAACCUAUAAAACCAAUGCCAAACAAUGUAGGUUUUUGUGAGCUGCUAUUUUUCAUAGUAAAUUGCAUUUGGUAUGUUGGUUACCAUAACCGUCUCUUCGGAGUUUUCGUUAAUUAACAAUGUUCUCAUAAUUUUCGCAAUUUAUAACAUUAGGUGCCUGGAGUGAUUAAGACAACAAAUAUUUACAGAAUUUAAGUGUUUUUUUUGCCAGACUAGUUUAAUAUUUUUGGCAUUUUGUAUUGUGUUGAUUUUCUUAAUCUUGAUAAAAACUUUUAGUUUUUAUCAAGAAUCAUUAAAAAUAGAUUGAAAAUUAAAUAAACCUCAUGUAAAAUUGAUAAUGACUUGUUCAACCUAAAGUUUCACGAUAACAUUUUAUCACAUCAUCACAUCUCUUUUGUAAUGUCAAGAGGAACUAUUUUACUGCGUGCAGGACUUUGGUAAUUUACAGUGCAACUGACCAGUCCUCAACGUAAUGAAUGGUGCUGUUACCUCAUCCAGCCCACAACAAACGGGACCACUGUGGAUGCAUGCAUGCAUGCUCUAGUGACGUCAAAUAAUAAUGAAGCUGUAAAUCACAUGCCGAGGAAUCUCUUAGUUCGAGAAGAUAACCUCCAUUCAGCUUGGAAAGGAAAAAAAAAGAACUGGGUUGGGGUGGGAAACCCGCCUUACAACCCGUCUAGAGUUCUGCCAACCAUCCUUUCUCCCACAAUCGUGGCAGAACUCUAAUUUGUGUGAGAAAUAAUGCAGGUCAAAGUUAAGUUGAUUUAUAGAGAAGUGUCUUUGAGUGCCCAAUGUGUACUUUCUAUUGUUCCACUAAAACUCAAAAAAUAGUUUGAGUAAUAGGUAUGUCAACAAGAAAUUGAAACAUUUAGUUAUUAAUGUAAAAGUAUUAAAUUACUCCCUAUUCUUUUAAUUAAUUAUCCAGUGAUUACUUUUUUAUUUUGUAGUUAAUCGUUAAUCAAUGGCUUCCAAUAAUAAACCUUUUUGUACAACUUUUUCCCUUGUUUCAAAUUCAUUCAAUAAUUUUUAAAGUCAAUGCAGAAGCUGGGUGACUGAUGCAACCAGGAUAUUCAAUAUUGCACAGGUGAAAGAACUCUGAAUAGUAGUAGUUAAGCAACUAACGGUUGAUUUAUGUGUUUUAUAUGUUAUUUCCUGUGUUG